CAAGUGUGUGUUAAAUCGCUACAGUCUACAAUCACAAUAUAUCCGGAAGUUGACAUAUUUACUGGAUCAAAACAAACAGGGACAUCAUGGAGAAAAUGAAACCCUUUAAAGAAAGGAGAACAUUUGCCCAACGACAGAAUGAUGUUGAUUCCAUCAGGACACAGCAUACAGAUAAAAUACCGGUGAUCAUAGAAAGAUAUGAGAGAGAAAACAGUUUACCCCUACUGGACAAGACCAAGUUUCUGGUGCCUGACAAUGUCAACAUGGCUGAGCUGGUCAAGAUUAUCAGAAGGCGACUACAGCUGCAUCCAUCUCAGGCAUUCUUCCUAAUGGUGAAUGAUCGGACAAUGGUGAGCAACACUACUCCAAUCUGUGAGGUAUACAGCAAAGAGAAAGAUGGUGAUGGCUUCCUAUACAUUACAUACGCAUCACAGGAAACAUUUGGGACAUCUUAUAACUAAAUAAGAUCUUUUGUAGCUUUAUUCCGAGACACUGGAUACAGUGGUUACCAGAGUCAUCUAUAUGCCUCUAGGGAUACUUACAGCCUCACUAUGCUUUGGAUAUAGACUCAAUGAGUCACAUGAUAAACAAUUACUCACUUGAUGCUUGUUACUGUAUUCUGAAUUGUCUAAAGCUGCUACACCACUGACAGCCCAUCACAAAAAUACAGAAAAUGUUCCCAGUGGUAUAGAAAUAUAUAUAUAACAACAAAAGGAAUCAAGAGAAAAAUAAACAAUGUCCUGAGAUGUAUUUAUAGAUACCUAUACUGUACUCACACAUAAUCUAAGAGAAUAAAGAGGGCUCAGGUUUUGGGGGAUGGUUGUAACAUAAAUUACAUAACUUGUUAUUGUUUUAAAAUAUACACAGCCUAUUCUUGCUAACUCUUUGCCAGAGGUGUAGCAACUUUAAAAAAGAUUUUACAAGCACAAGUCACAAUUUCCACUUAAGAGGCUAUGUUUAGCCUCAGCCUGAGCAUGAUGACUAAAUAGCUUAUUUUAAGCCUUCUUGACUGUAUCUAGUUCUCAUCAAUAGAUGGAAAACUUUUCUGUAAUAUGUUAUAGGUACAUUUUCAUCACAUACCUAUUAUGUAACUAGUCUGUAAAGUGAUAUGCCUUUAUCAUAAACAGAUUAGUGUAUCAUAGUUUAAACAUCAUUGUUGUGACAUCAAGAAAUAUUGACUUCACAUGAGUGUCUCUCCGAUGGAAAAAUAAAAUCCAAGUUAAAAUUCUCCUACAUGUGAAAACUUAUGUUCAUAUUGUAUUGAAUUCAUUAAUUGUUUUUUUCAAUACAUUGAUAUGAUGCAUGCCAGAAGGUUUGUGUCCCUCUGUUUCAAAAUUGAACUUGUUUUUAGGCCAAAGUCUCAAGUGACCUUUUCUAUUCACCUUUUGUCUGUCGUCUGCCAUCCGUUCGUAAACAAUUUACUUUUUCAACUUCUUCUCAUUCAGUAUGUGGUCCAGAGUCCUGAUAUUUGCCAUAUAGCAUACUGGGGUGAAGGAAGAGCUAUUGUGAUUUUCAAAUGAAUGAUCUUGACCUUCAUUCAUAGGGUCAAAUAUGCUAAAAUCUUUAAUCAACUUCUUCUCACUAACAAAGAGGCCUAGAGACCUGAUAUUGAGCCUGUGUCAUGAUUGGGUGAGGGGCUAUCAAUAGGAUUCAAAUGAAUGACCUUGACCUUCAUUCAAGGUCACUGGUCGAAUAUGUUAAAACCGCUAAUGACUUCUCUCUAAGCAAGAAGCCCAGAGGCUUGAUAUAUAUAUAUAUUGGGCCUUUUGUAUGCUGGGGCAUUGACCUCACAUUCAAGUCAGGGGAAUCAAAUCUGCCAAAAUAUGUCAAAAUUCAGGUGACUGUUUAGGCCCAUGGGCCUCUUUUUUCAAAAUUUAACUUGUUUUUUUUUUUUUACAUACAUGUACUAAUUUGAAAAAAAAUCAAUAGGACUUGAAUAAACAUGUAAGAUCCUGUUUACAUGUGUGUAUAUACUACUUGUUGAUUCAACUAUAUUGUGUUGUGAAGAAAUAUUUGAUAUAUAAUGUCAUCCUCUGACAUAUUUUUACUUUCUGAUAUAAUUGGCUUUAUGGGAAUUCAAUAAAAUGGUACUUUUAUUUAUUUUGACAGGUUAAAAAAAACAACUUUUGUUUAUUAUUAGAAUGAUAUGACACACAGCAACUGGAGAUUUAAUCAAUCAACAUUUUAAUUCAAUUAUUUUCUUCAUUAUUGCAUUUUAAAUUUAUUACAAAUACAAGAUUGUUUCUGAUCCUCUACGCUAGACUCAUAUAUGUCAUUACAUGUUAGUAAAUACUUAGAGAAAAUAAGGAUGACAAAGAUAUUCUUCCACUUUAAAGGUUACAUAGGAGUAGAGAUCAGUUUGAUAGAGUCAGGUGUAGUGUAUAAAUAAUUUCAGUUUUGUUAUUCAAAUUCCAUGUUUAGUUGGUAAGCAGAAGGUUUUCUUAAACUGAUUUGUUAUAUAAGAUUUUCACUGUUAAAUGCGCAUAUUUAUGUGAAACUGAUUAACAUGUAUAUUAUCUGAUAAUUAUGAAAUAGAAAAUACGGCACAAGUAGUGGGUUUAAUGGUGCAUCAGGUUGGAGCUUGCAUUAAUUAUCAAUCUAAUUAAGAUACAUAUCAUCGUUAUACACUACUUAGUAAAGUUUCAUAAUGUACUGUGUAAUGAGGAUAUGUGGUUUAAUAAGAAUCAUCAAUUUAUAAUACUUAUACUGGUUUUUAGAUGAGUUUGUACAUAUUUUGUGCAAAAUAAGCAUCUUUGAUGUUUUUUGACACAAAUGGUUGUCCCAGUCAUCAUUAUCAUUGUAAACCUUAUUAUGCAGUAGGAUCAGUGCUUGAGGGGUUUUAUAGUGUCGGACUGGGGUGGUUUAGUGUCACACUUUCUGUUUACAAGUUGUGAAUUGUAAACAAUACUGUUUUUGUAGUUUGUUUGUCAAAAUGUCAGUUGUACCAGUUCUAACAAUCAUAUUAUAAGAUUAUGUCUUAGGUAAAGAACUCCUUUUUUCUAGUCAGAGUUGCAAAACUCCUUAAUUUUUCAGAAAUAUUUCUAGUACUAUCUUUGAUACAUUUUGAACAUUUUGGAAGGUUCUGCAAGCACUUGAU